AUGGCCGCUCCGUCCAGUGGCUGCUUUCCAAUGUGGUGCCCUUCCUUGCGGAAAGUGGGCCUCAAACCCUCCAAGGUUGUGCUGGAGAUGGAGGCAGGGCCUGGGCCAGACUCUGAGAGGAGCGGGUCGCAACCGCCCGAAGGGCCGGACCCGGAGCACGUCGUGGCCUCGCGGCAGGAGAGUGAGAGCCCCCUGGGGUCAAGUCAGCAACCCCUGCCAGCGACAGAGUCAGAAACCCAGCUGCUGGGGGGGCCCCGCUGCCACACCAACUGCCUGGAGGCGCCUCUCUCCCGGGCCUUCCGAAGGCUGGGGUGGGAGGUGGGCUCGCACCCCUGGAUCUUCCUGCUGCUGCCUGUGAUUCUAACAGCCAUCCUGGGCACUGGCCUGAUCUACCUGCCCGAGGGCAAAGAAAACCUCGAGGAGCAUUACACCCCCAUAGGGAGCCCGGCCAAGGCCGAGCGGCGCUUUGUGCAGAAGCACUUCAUCGCCAAAGACCAUGACCACUUCUCCGUCUCCAGGCAGAGCACCGAGGCCAGUUACGCAUCAAUUCUAGUGGUCUCCAACAGCAACUCGCUGCUGGAACAAGACGUCCUUUCGGAAAUCAGUCAGCUGGACGAGAUGGUGCAGGCUUUGUCUUUGACCAACGAAAAUGGAACCCAGAUCCACUACCAACAGGUGUGCUCUUCGAACCAGGGCCACUGCGUGCCCUCCAACCCGCUCCUGUUCGCCUGGAAAAGGAACAGUAACCUCAACCUGAGAAACAUCACCUUUCCCAUCUAUACGCUAGGCUAUCAGGUCCUCUACCUGGCCAAUCUUCUUGGAGGAACUGUCUUAGGUGACAGUGUGGGACGGAGCCAGUUACUUCUGGAGGCCAAAGCCAUGCGACUGCAGUACUACCUGAAAACCGAGGACGCAGGGGAUAACGAGCGCAGCAAGGCGUGGUUGAUGCAUUUCCUGCAGGAGUUCGGCAACAUGGAAAAGAGUCUGGCCUUGAAGAAGAUCCAGGUGGUCUUCUUUACGUCACUUUCUAGACAACUGGAAUUUGAGGCAACUUCUAGGACAGUGAUCCCUCUGUUUUACAUGGCAUACCUUCUAAUCGUACUAUUUGCAAUCACAUCAUGCUACAGGUGUGACUGUGCACGAAACCAAAUGUGGGUGGCAGCCUUUGGAGUGAUUUCUGUCGUCUUGGCAGUGGUGAGCAGCUUCGGCCUGUUAUUGUUCAUUGGGGUGCCAUUUGUGACCAUAGUUGCAAAUUCACCAUUUCUUGUUCUAGGUGUUGGGGUCGAUGACAUGUUUAUCAUGAUUUCUGCCUGGUGGAAGACCAGCGUCACGGAUAGCAUAAGAAAGCGGAUGUCUGACGUCUAUUCAGAAGCGGCAGUGUCCAUUACAAUCACCACUGUCACCAACGUCCUGGCCUUCUAUACAGGGAUCAUGACCUCUUUCAGGUCCGUACAAUACUUUUGCAUCUACACGGGAACAACCCUAUUCUUUUGUUAUUUAUAUAACAUCACCUGUUUUGGAGCAUUUAUGGCCCUGGAUAGUAAAAGAAAUGUGGUCUGUCUACACUGGUUGAAGAAGCCAGAAACUCCUGACCAAAAAUGUUCCUCGUUAAAAAAGUGCUGUUGUUUCCCAUAUGGUUCUCUCCCAGAUGAACAUCAGACAGGUGCCCACCCAGUGAGUCUGUUGUUUAGAGACUACUUUGGUCCCUUCCUCACCAACACUGUGUCCAAGUGUUUUGUAGUGCUUACAUACGUGUUGUAUAUUGUAAGCGGUAUACUUGGGUGUUUCCAAGUGCAGGAAGGUUUAGACCUUCGGAAUUUAGCAAGCGACGACUCCUACAUCGCACCAUAUUUCAAUGUGGAAGAAGAGAAUUUUUCAAGUUACGGUCCCAGAGUUAUGGUCAUCAUUACUGAACCUCUUGACUACUGGGAUAAGGAUGCUAGGCAAAAGCUGGAAAACUGUCUGGCAGAUUUUGAAAACAGUGACUAUGCAGAUAAAAAUCUUACAGAGUUUUGGUUACGAGACUAUGUGCAAUUUAUGGACAGUCACCACCAAGAUAUAAAUAAUAAGAAUUCUUUUAUACACAAUAUUCCCAGUUUUGAAUCAGAUUUUCCACUUUUUAUGUAUGAUAUUAAUAUUACAUCAGAUGAAAUCAUUUGCUCCCGGGCCUUCAUUCAGACCAUGGGUAUUUCUUCUUCAACCAAUAAGAAGCUGAUGUUACGCCAGUUCCGAGAUUUGGCUGAAAAGUGUGAAAUUCCCCUAAUGGUGUAUAACCAGGCAUUCAUAUAUUUUGAUCAGUAUGCUGCAAUAUUAGAAAACACGAUUCAAAAUGUAAUUGUUGCAUCAGCAGCCAUGUUAAUUGUUUCCUUAUUGUUAAUUCCACACCCUCUCUGUUGCUUGUGGGUAACUUUCUCUAUUGCUUCUGUGAUUGUGGGAGUAACAGGUUUCAUGGCGUUCUGGAAUGUCAACCUUGACUCCAUAUCCAUGAUUAAUCUUGUCAUUUGUAUAGGGUUUUCUUUUGAUUUUUCUGCGCACAUUUCCUACGCGUUUGUUUCCAGUCCAAAGCCCUCAGUAAACCAAAAAACCAUCGAGGCAUUGUAUCUGCUAGGCUACCCCGUGUUACAAAGUGCAAUUUCAACAAUAAUAGGGGUGUGUGCCUUAUCUGCAGCUAAAGCAUACGUCUUCAGGACAUUUUUUAAGAUUAUGCUUCUUGUUAUGGUAUUUGGAGCUGCUCAUGGCCUAAUUUUUAUUCCUGUAUUCUUAACCUUUUUUUUUUAA